UUACGUGUUGUCUCCUUCGGGGGUUGCUCGGAUAUCCGAAGUUCGAGCUGAUCCGUGGGAUUCCGCCUCCUCUGUUGAAGCUGUUCCUGUGAAGGUUGUGCUUCCUGAGUUGAAGACAACUUCGGACCCGGAUCAACGCAAAAGGAAGGGUAGCACUCUUUUGAGGCCUUCCACGCAUCCGAAGAAAGCGAAGGCUUCUCAGCCCUCGGAGAAGGAAGCGGUUUCGGAAGUUAUGCCUCCUCCUAAGAAUCUUCUUCACUUCAUGCCCUUGCCGGGGCAGAAGUUAAAGAGUGUGGUGGUUGCUGAACCGCCGCCCGUGGAUCAGCCGCUGAUCGAGGAAGAUAUCAUCCCCUCUCCCCUGAAACCAUCUGCUGCUUCGGGGAUCGAAAUCCAGGAUAUCACCGAGGUGAUGGAGGCGAUUGAAGCCGAUUUUGUUCCUGGUUUGGUUGUCCCUGAGGUAGCUGAGGAGAAGGAGUCUGCUGAUCUUCCCUUCGAGAGAGAGAAGAGUCCAGACAAGGAGAUGAUAGAUCUCUCGGGCCCCGAAGCUGCGGUCCCCGAGGUUCAGAAGGAGGUUCCCUCUGCUGGAGAGGAGGAGCAGCCCGAGCAAGAGGCUCGGGCCCAGAAGGCCACUUCCGAGGGUGAUACUACUGCUGGGGGUUCUUCGAAGGAUGCUCCCCUGGGGGCCGCUCCUGAGACUCCUAAGAGUUAG